CCUGCCCCGACCUCACCUUUGCCUGUGUCUCCUACAGCAGCAGAAACUGGGCCCUCCUCUCCUUCUCUACUCACUACUCUUUGGACCCCUGGCCAGGUGAAGACCACAGACAUGGUGGACCCAAGCUUGGGUGCUGGAGCCCAUUCCCCUGAAAAUUUGAGCGACACCACCAUUGAGACACUGGCCACUCUCCAAGCUCCCACUGAGUCCGAGGUGGUUCACCUCUCCCAAAACACAGCUGUGACCAAUGUGGGGGCCACCAGUUCUGGACAUGAAACACAUUCCUCUGAGCCAGCUGAUUCAGGGCAAUCCAAAGUCACUUUUCCAGGGGUUACCUCUUCCAUCCUAAGGGAAACCACUAUUUCCACAUCAAUGCCUGGCUCUUCUGAAAGUCCAAGGCUCGAGACAGAGCCAGCAUCCUCCUUGGUCCCCAACCUGAUGGGGACCAGCACCUCCCAGCUGGUGAGCUCAGCCACGGAGUCAAUCUUUUCCAGCAUGCCCACCAAGGGUGGCACCGAUGUCUCCAGGACAGAAGAAAUCUCCUCUGGCAAGACACCCUUUGCUGGCUCUGCUCACUCUACCACGACACCAGACACGGCCACAGGAAUGCCCAGGCUCUCUACCUCCCCCAUCAUGACAGGACCUUCAGGAGUGUUCCUUACCAGGCUAACACGUCACUCUGGGCCUGUGUCACCGGACACAUCUUCCUUGAGUUCAUCAAAAAUGUCCUCUCGGGCAGGGACUGACUCAGUUGUGACUCCAAGUGUAUCGCACUCAGGUUUGACUACUAUUACGAACAGAGUUCCAGAUGAUUUGUCAGGAACAAGCACCUCCUUCAUAGAUGAAAUCAGUUCCCCUUCAUUCCUUACGUCACUACCUGCCAUGAACUCACCUUCACCUCUUUCCUCCAUAUUACCAGGGUUUAGCCCAACCUCUCUCAGUCCAGGGACCUCUUUUUCCAGUCCUCUCCUGGUGAGGACCACAGACAUGGCAUCUCGAAGCUCUGAAUCUGGAACCAGUUUUCUCCCAAUUUGCACAGCCCCUCAAAUGAGAUGAUACUGGUUGUUUUUGAAACGUCCUCCACAGAUGCAGGGACAACUUGCUUUUCCCAAAACACAGACAUUACAAGUGUGGGGACCAGCAGUUCUGGACACCCACUC